UCAGCCGCACAGAGCAUAGAGGAGAGAGAAAAAAUACCAGCAGAAGCUACCGACCAAGGGAGAGAACAUGGAUGUAGCCGGGAGAUGUCCGUUUAACGAGGCAGCGGAGAGGAGACUUUGGUCAUCCUGCACAUAGUCCGGUGUCAGCGGGCGACUCUCCGCUGGUUUUUAAUGCUGUGGCGGGAGUGUUCGCAAGGCAAGCUCAAGAGGCGGGAAGCUGUUUAUAAUCCGUCUGCGGAUCUUGCCAGCUUGCGAUGGCUGUUGCGGGGCAAUGUAGCAACACAAUCGAGUACGUGCCUCUUUGUUUUUAUUUGGGUUUAGUUUUACUAAGUGACCUUACAAAUGCACAAAUUCGCUAUUCCAUUCCAGAGGAGCAGGAUCCGGGAGCUCUCGUCGGUGACAUUGUGAGAGAUUUGGGACUGGAGCUGAGAAAGCUCUCCACACGCAGGAUCCGUAUCUCCUCCGAUAACAGGAGGUAUUUUAAUAUUGAUCACAAAAACGGGAAACUAUACGUGAGUGACAGAAUCGACCGAGAGACUCUGUGCGAUUACAGCGGCUCCUGCCUUCUCAACCUCGAAGUGGUCCUUGAAAACCCUGCCGAGGUGCACAACGUGGAGGUGGAGAUUUUGGACGCUAAUGACAACUCACCGUUAUUCCCUCGGGACGAGUACCAGCUGGAGAUAUCGGAGUCCGCGCCCGCAGGGUCCCGUUUCCCCAUCGAGGGCGCGCAGGACACGGACGACGGCUCCAAUUCCGUGCGCCUGUAUCGCCUCAGCCCAAACGAGCAUCUCGCGCUCGAGUCAAACAAGCCCCCGCCUAACGGAAAGCACAUCGAACUGGUUCUGAAAAAGCCACUGGACCGGGAGCUGACGCCCUCUCAUCACCUCCUUUUGACAGCCGUCGACGGAGGCGCCCCGCCGCGCACAGGCACAGCAAAAAUCAACGUGCGUGUUUUGGACACCAAUGACAACCCACCUGUGUUCGACAGCUCUGUUUACAAAGUCAAACUAAAGGAGAACUCGCCCCUGGGCGCCUUAGUGAUCAAACUUAACGCCACAGACCGAGAUGAGGGCACAAAUGGCGAGGUCUACUACUCCUUUAGCAGUUACACUCCAGAGAGAGUCCGCCAAAUGUUCACAAUGGACGCGGACAGUGGCGAGAUUCGAGUUCAGAGGAAUGUGGACUUUGAGGAGACCAGCACACAUGAAAUGUACAUCCAGGCCAUGGACAGGGGCCCGGCAGCCGUGGCCGUCCACUGCAAGGUGGUGGUUGAGGUGCUGGAUGUCAACGACAAUCCCCCUGAGAUCGUCCUGUCCUCGCUGUCCAGUCCUGUGAGAGAGGACGCCCGGGCGGACCACGUGGUGGCUCUGAUCGGUGUCACCGACCGUGACUCGGGUCAAAACAAGCACGUGACCCUGGACAUCAUCCCGCCCGACCUCCCCUUCAAGAUCAAGUCAUUCCGCAACCACUACACCCUGGUGACGUCCGCCUUCCUGGACCGAGAGACCAUCCCGUUCUACAACGUGACCAUCACGGCCACCGACAGUGGCACCCCUUCCCUCUCCUCCCAAAUGGUUGUCCGCGUCGACGUGGCAGACGUGAAUGACAACCCGCCACGCUUCGCUCAGCCCUCGUACACUGUCUACGUCACCGAGAACAACGCGCCCAGCACGCCACUCUGCGUGGUCAAAGCCACCGACCCGGACGCGGGAGAAAACGCCCGCAUCACCUACACGGUCCUGAACGACAACAACCACGGCAUCUCAGUGGCAUCCUACGUCUCCGUCAAGGCUGACACGGGCCAGGUCUACGCCCUGCGCUCCUUCGACUUCGAGAAGCUGCGCGAGUUCCACUUCCAGGUCAAAGCCCAGGACAAUGGCGUCCCGCCUCUCAGCCGCGUGGCCACCGUGUAUAUAUACGUCAUGGACCAGAACGAUCACACGCCGUUCUUCGCUCACCCGUCAUCUAACAUCACGCACCACUCACCAGGACUCGCGGAGACCGUCCUCCGAAACGCGGAGGCCGGGGUCCUCAUCACCCGGCUGGUGGCCUGGGACGGUGACGCCGGCCAGAAUGCAUGGUUGCUCUACAGCCUUGAACACCCACAAGACCUGGACCUUUUCAAAGUCCACGAACACACGGGUGAGAUCCGCACUACGCGGCGUGUUGUGGAGGACAACUCCACCUUAUUCAGCCUGCUGGUGCGUGUACGGGACCAUGGCACGCCGCCACGCUCCACCACCGCCACCGUCCACGUGGCCGUCAUGGAGCUGCCGCCCAAGGUCACCCCGGACCCCAAGCGCAUUGUCCGGCCGCACGGCACGCUCAUGUUCUCCAACGUCACCCUGUACCUGAUCAUCGCCCUGAGCGCCACCACCUUCGUGUUCCUGGUCACCAUAGUCGUGCUGGCCAUCGUCAAGUGCCACGAGUACUGCAGCCAGCCGGGCGCCUGCUCCUGCUCUGCAUGCUGUGGGGGCAAGAAGAAACCACCCAAGGAGGGUGGAGGUGGUGGUGGAGGUGGCGGUGGAGGUGGCGGUGGUGGUGGUUCCGGAGGUGGUGGUGGUUCUGGUGGUGGAUCAGGUGGCGGAGGAGCCAGUGGGGGUACCCAGCAACAGGUGGCAGUCGGUAACCAAGUGGCCCUGCGCAGGGACCUAAAAGGCGAACCGCACUACAUCGAGGUCCGGGGCAACGGCUCGCUCACCAAGACCUACUGCUACAAGACCUGCCUGACGGCCACGUCCGGCAGCGACACCUUCAUGUUCUACAACAUGGGGGGCCGGCCCAUCAGCGGCACGUGGGGCUCGCACUUCACGGGCCACAGCAGCACGCAGUUCGUGCGGAGGCUCAGCAUGCCCGACGCCACUGCCAUCCAGCCUAAACCACCCAAUUCAGACUGGAGAUACUCAGCCUCCCUGAGAGCAGGAAUGCAAAGCUCGCAGGUUGUCUCGCAUAUGGAGGAGUCUUCGGUGAUGCAAGGAGCCCAGGGGGUCCUGGUCCAGAAUUGGCCGACCGUGUCCAGUGCCGCCGACCCUGAGGGUGGCGAGGUCUCCCCGCCCGUGGGCGCCGGCGUGGACUCCAACAGCUGGCACUUCCGCUACGGGCCGCAGGGGCCCCAGGCCCUGAAGCCUGGCGAGAUGCCGCCCGAGGCCUUCAUCAUCCCCGGCUCGCCGGCCAUCAUCUCCAUCCGCCAGGGCAAGGACACGGACGACAACGGAGACUUCAUCACCUUCGGCAAGAAGGAGGAGGCCAAGAAGAAGAAGAAGAAGAAGAAGGAGAAGAAGGACAAGCGGGAGAAGGGGAAGGAUGACGACGAUUAGAGAAAGAGAGAGAUUUUAGGAGGAGAGGAGUUUAGGAUUGGUUGGAUUGGACAGGAGGGAUAGAUUUUGUGGAGACUUGCUUUUGUAAGACAGAGGUAUCAACGUUACGUGUGGAAAAAAAAACAAGCUAACAGGAUGUUGGGGAAGUACACAAGACAAGAGUUAAAUAUGGUCACUGUUCACAGACAUGUUUGCUGAGUGCUCGCUACACUCACUCGCUUGCUCGCUCACGUCUACAAAGGAUGUUGCCCACUUUGUUUUGACCAUGACGAUUUGGCCUGUAAAUUGAUUCGCCUCACCCACAGCAAAGGGUUUUAAUCAGUCACGCCUUCCUAUAAUCAUGUUCUGCUAUCGCCUGUGUGCCUGAGUGUUCACUCCUCUGAUUGAUUGAGGGGGGGUGGCAUGAUGCCCCUUCAUAUCCCGCCCCGCCCCCACCCCACAUCCUGGUUAGCUGAUGUUGAUACCUCUGUUUUACAUUGUCCUACUUAUUCUGUCUUUUCCAAGCUUCAGAAACAAAUCACAAAACAGCAUCAUCAACAACACAAAAAUACAAGCUUAAGUAUGUGACACUCCCGAGUCAGUACAGAGUUGUUUUGUGAGAAAGAGAACGAGAGACGAAAAAAAAAAAAUACAGGAGGAAACAAGAAAGGCGACUCUGGAGUGAAAUGCAUGUUAUUAGGAAGUAGGACACAUGCUGUUGUAAAUAUGUUUUGGGUCACACAAGAUGGCUGCCUGUCUGUAUGUAAAGCAAAGUGACACAGCCAUUGGCUUCUGCUUGUCUUUUACUCUGUCAGUAUUUGCCAGACAGAAACAAACAAACAAAACGGACCCCUUGGUUCAAAUCACGAAAAAGGACAUGUGUUUAUUCAGAAAAAUAAAAAGUCCUGGAGAGAGAAAAAAACCAAGUAGUCCAUCUAACCGACAAAGGAAAAACAAAAAACAAAAGGCAAAAAAAAGAUAACACUCGCAAACGUUUAAGCCGAACAACGGAAUGCAAGCACUUUUUUACAUUUUUUUCCCCCAUCCUUUUGCUGUUUAUCUUAACUGCACACUCUCUCCAGGGCUCUGUAAAUGUGUAUUAUUGGAAAUAUGUAUCCCUCUCCCCCCCCUCACAACCAAUGAGCAGGGUCCAAAAUCCACUUGCCCCACCUCUUAUCCCUGCCCCCCUAGUGCUGGGGCCAAUUAGACACCUCCAAGCGUUCACAGCUUUUGAGCCCACUUGCAUAAUAUAUAUUUUAAUAUAUUUUCUUUUUUCGCAAAUCUCUGGCAAGAAGAACCAGUUAGAACCACAAGGCGAAGACAGGAGAGCCCUGCCACGGUUCCUUCAAAGGGUUCUAAAGAGACUAUCUAUCAAGCAGAACUGGGCUGUGUUGGAACGUUUUUUUUUGGGGUUUUUUCCAACGUUUGGUAAACCAAACAUAGGCGGAGUCUUUAGAGCACUAGGAAUGUUUUUUGUUUAAAAACAAAAGAGAAAAAAAAAGAGUUAACCCUAUCCUACCCGUUCCCCCUUCUAUCCAGUGUUAGUGAAAGCUUGAAGCUUCUGCUGUGAAUGUUUGGUAGCGCUGUCCCUUAUGCUUGUAGACUUUUUAUCCUGGACCCCUUCUUUCCCUGGACUUGUGCCUGCUUUCUCAGCGUUACACUGAGUGAACUGACAGUCCCCUUUCGUGAGUGUCCUACACAACCACACACAUAACACACGAGCGAACACAUACACCUGUAUGAACGCACUCGCAGUCAAGACACAGACACGCAUAUACAGUACAAGCAGACAUUCAAGCACACACAAGGACCCCCACUGGAAACCACACACUCUGCUCCCUCACACCAGGGUAUAUAAGUGUUGACUUUGUGUUGAGUUUUGUGUCUUUCAGUUUCUACUUUUGAAGUAAGGGGACGUGGUAUUCUAUGCUCGCUCUUCAAUUUUGUUUUUGUUUUUUGUUUUUUGUCCUUUGAUUUUUAUUUUCUCAAGCUUUAAGUGAUCUUUGGGGUGUUCUCUUCGGUCUGGGGACCUGGUGUCUCUGUGUCCCUUUCUCUCUCUCUCUCUAUCAAACUGGGGACGGUCACUGCUGUCCCCAGCCUCCCCUCCCCACCUCUGGGCGCCGGGCCAGCUUCAUCUAGACAUUGUGGUGUGCUCUACCAGCAGCAUGGAGAAAUGCAGAAAGCAAAACGAAAUGGCCCAUACGUUUCUUUGUGUCGAGUCCAGAGGUGGACGGCUGGGCAGAUGCUCUGAGAAGCUCUGUGUGGCGGUGUCAGUGUUCGUUCGAAGCAAAAAGCAAAAAACAAAAAAACAAAACAAAAACAUAAACAAUACAGUCUUGUGUGUUCUGUUUUUGUGAGCUUUUCAGAAGCAGUGGUUGCCAGGUCUGUGUUUUUGACGCAGUUCCCGCGACACACACUCUGCUUUAUGGUAUUUUACCGCCGUCCAAAGAGAGGAGUGGCGAUGAUACGAGACGAGAUGAGAUGAGACGUUAAAGGGUUAAGGCCUUUGGAGAUGACGGUGGGGACGGGGGGUGGGGUCUUGAGGGUCUUGUUCUUGUCUAAAGACUUGCCCUCUUGCCCUUCCUUGUCCUUGAAUCCUUUCUAUUUCUCGACAAAUUGUAUUUUAAGAUGCAGCUGAAGCCAUACCAAUACCAAUGCACACUGUUCCUCUUAACCGAAACCUGUUUAUGUGUGGGAAAGAAUGUAAAAGUGUAUAAAAAUUCUUUAGAUUGGCUUGAAUAUGCAGAUGCGAAAUAAAGCUUCCCAAAAAGCCAAACCUGAAGCUUCUUUUUUUACAUACGGGUAAAAAAAAGCUUCUGUAUCCACUGCCUGUCACCAUCCAUUGUAUUAUUACUACAGAAAUAGAUUCAAUAAUGGCAGAAAUAUGCUUCAGCUCCGCUGCUAUCGGCUGCCCUGCCCCCCGCCCACCCCCACCUGUCCAAUCUUGUAGCCACACCCCCCACCAAAUCUCAUGGCUCAAAAUGUCAACAAAGGUCACAAUCUUUUUGGUGACUCUGCUGCAUGUACUAAUCCGAAAAAAAAAAGAAAUACACAUAACUAUAUAGAGAAAUAUAUAUGACUAUAGACAUAGAUGGCUAUGAUUUGUAUUAUUUUUGUUAUGACUUGUUUUCUGUUUUUCUCCACCACUCGCACAGGAGAUUUGUGUAUGUACCGUCUCUGCCAAGCAUCUGCAUAUGACCCCCCUCCUUCCUCUGCACCCACACACAGUGGAGUUCUAUGCCGUUUAAAACUAAUCUAACUCUAGAUAUUUGUACAUGCUAUAGUGUCAUGCCCCCUUGAGCAUACUAUCCUUUCUUAUUUUCGUUUUUGUUUGUUUUUGGGUUUAUUUUUUGAAGACUUAUGGGGAAAAAAAUUACAUGUAAAUGGAACAAAAAAAAACUUUUUUGUGUCUGGCUUUGACAUAAUGAUCUAUCUAACACUGUAAUAUUGUAAUGGAAUUACUAUGUAUGACAACUUGACAAUGGUUAUCUUCUCUCUAUCUUUCACCCCCUUCUUUGAAGAAAAAAAAGAAAAUCGAUGACAAAAAAAAUCCUGAUGUAAAAUACGGUAUAUGUAGUGUAUGCUUGUAUUUAGUGAGCGUUCAUGCUGUCAUUUUUUCUCCGUGUAAUCGGUGGUGAUCAGUAGGUGGCGCUACGCUGUCCUUUGGGGCAGCGGGCACAUCUGUUGUAAGACCUUUUUUUGUACACCUGCUCAUCAACUGUGAUGGUGAAGUAGUGAAGUUCAUUUCUCGCUCUUUUUUUAAUUUCAUUUCAAUGGAUAAAGUGGUAAUGUGUUUUGUUUAUAAAUCACAACAAUAAAUAAAGUUUUCUUUCUUAAUA